UAAAUAUCCUUUGCAUCCCGUGUGUCGUGGUCAUCGGCGGCUCUUUGAAUUGUUAAAAGGACAUACAUUCCUUAAUUUCGAAAGGAAGUAAAUCCCUCGUUACGCACAACUCUUUAACGAAACAGUCAAAAUGGGUGGCACUCGUGCUCAGAAGGAGGCUUGGUUCACUAAGCUCAACGAGCUCUUCGAGGCCUACACCUCCAUCUUCAUCGUCAAUGUCGACAAUGUCGGUUCCCAGCAGAUGCACCAGAUCCGUGCUUCUCUGCGCGGCAAGGCCGUCGUCUUGAUGGGCAAGAACACGAUGGUCAGGCGCGCUAUCCGCCAGAUCAUUUCUGAGAAGCCCGAGUUCGAGAAGCUUAUGCCUCACGUCAAGGGCAACAUCGGCUUUGUCUUCACCUCAGGUGACCUCAAGGAGGUUCGCACUGCCAUCCUUUCCAACCGUGUCGCUGCCCCUGCCAGGGCUGGCGCCUACGCUCCGGACGAUGUUACUGUCAAGGCCGGCAACACCGGUAUGGAGCCGGGCAAGACUUCCUUCUUCCAAGCUCUCGGUGUCCCCACCAAGAUUGCUCGCGGUACGAUCGAAAUCGUCUCGGAUGUUAAGGUCGUCACUGCUGGCACUCGUGUCGGAUCUUCCGAAGCCAUGUUGCUCAACAUGCUCAACAUCUCGCCGUUCACUUACGGUAUGACUGUCGUCCAGAUCUACGACAACGGCAACACCUUUGAGAGCAGCGUCCUGGACGUUGAGGAGGAGGACUUGAUUAAGCAGUUCACUUCUGGUAUCAAGCAGAUCGCAGCUAUCUCGCUCGCGCUCAACUUCCCCACCAUUGCCAGCGUUGCGCACUCGCUCGUCAACUCGUACAAGAACCUCCUUGCUGUCUCGCUUGCCACCGACUACGAAUUCGAGGGCUCUAAGAAGGCAAAGGAGUACCUGGCCAACCCCGAUGCAUUCGCCGCCGCCCCGGCCGCUGCUGCUGCCACUGAGGCCGCCCCGGCUGCUGCCGCUGCCGAGGAGGAGAAGAAGGAGGACGCCGAGGAGUCGGACGAUGACAUGGGCUUCGGUCUCUUUGACUAAAUGGUUCACCCAUCGCCCCGCGUGUGACCAGCUUGCAUGUACCCUGUUGGCAAUUGAGCCAGCAAGGCAUGUAUUUACUCUGCUCGCGCACAAAAAGAAUAAUACAGAGACAUCUGCUCUGCCAUACA